AAUCAAUCAAAAAGGAAAAAAAAGAGAGAAAAAGAUGGCACACGAGAGCGGCGACACUUUGCUUCGCUUGGGUUUCAUCGUCGUCCCCUCCUCCUCCUUCCUUUGACCUCGGCUCGAUCGACCAUCCCGCGGAGGAGACGACGCCGCGGCGGCGGCGGAGGACUCGCCGGCGGCGGGGAUGGACGUGCCGUGGCUGCUGGUGGCGCACGGGUCGGUGACGGCGCUGGUGGUGGUGUCCUUCCUCUGCGGGCAGUGGCCCAUCUUCGAGGGCACCUUCGUGCAGCGCAUCAACCACUUCCUCACCUUCGGCGCCUACCACCACCUCCUGCGGCUCGUCCACGCGGCGUGCGGCAAUGGGGCCAGGGAUCUCGUCCUCGGCGUCGAGAGCUACUGCUGCGACCGGCCCAACCCGAUCCUGCAGAUUUUUUACGUUGCCAUAAUAGGGGUAACAUAUUUUAUAAUCGUCCAGACAUCUUUCCAGUACAUUCCUGGGUACUAUGUGAGUGGACUGCACAGAUACCUGAGUAUCGUGGCUGUUGCUAUUGGUGCUUUACUCUUCGUGCUGACUAGCUUUUCUGAUCCUGGAACUGUCACUGCUGAGAAUGUUUCUCAAUAUCUAUCUGCCUAUCCAUAUGAUGGCAUCAUUUUUGAGGAGAAAGAGUGUUCUACCUGCAAGAUUGCCAGGCCAGCCAGGGCAAAGCACUGUAGAAUAUGUGAUAAAUGUGUUGCACGGUUUGAUCACCACUGUGGAUGGAUGAAUAACUGCAUUGGGGAGAAAAAUACUCGCUAUUUUGUGGCCUUUUUAGUUUGGCAUUUCCUUAUAUGUCUGUACGGAGCGGUUAUUCUUGGUUUCAUUCUUGCUGGUGAAUUAAAAGAAAGGAAAGUUGUCUACAUAUUGACAGUUUAUUAUGGCAUCGACAAUUCAUUCUCUGGGCUAUUUCCACAUGUUGCACAGUGGCUGCUUGCUGUGCAUAACACACAGAUACUCUUAGCGGUCUUUUUGGCUAUAAUUGCAUUGCUCCUUGGUGGGUUUUGUGCUUACCACACACAUCUUUGCUUAACAAAUACAACAACGAAUGAGACAUUCAAAUGGCAAGACUAUAUUAUGUGGAGGAAAAAGGUGAACGAGGAAAAGGCUGCUGCAAAUGGUGAAGUGCGCAAAUCGCCACCAAGCAAAUGGAAGGCGUUUUUCUCUAGAUCACAUACUGAGGCCGAUGAAACAAUUGUGAAAAAUAACAUAUAUGACAGAGGCAUGAUUAGAAACAUGUGCGAGGUGUUUGUCCCUUUGUCAGAACGGCAGUCAUUUUCCCGCAAGAAAUCUGAUUGAUCUGAAUGCUGUUGCAGCUUUGCACCUGUUGUAUCACUUCUAUGCUGUAAAUCCUUGUAGAAUAUUAGAAUCAUUUUUUCCAUACUAGAGAAGAAACAGUCUGAGGAUGGUGAUCAGGAGUGAGCAUCACACAAGGAGACCCCCCACCAAAAAAAAUUCAGAUCUGCCCAAGUUGCUUUUGGUUUUGCUCUCCUGGAAUAGUAGGUUUGAACAACAGUAUACUACCAAGAGUUGAUAACUUACUUGAUAGAAUCUGUUGACAGCAUAUGGGAAUGAGAAUUGUACAUUGUCUUGGUUAUUUCUUUACUUUAUUAUCCAUGCUGGGAUUUUUGUCUUAA